UUAUGGCAUGUAUACAACAAUAAGCUCAGCACUAUUUUUGUAAUUCGUAAAAAUUAUAUUUAAAUUUAAUCAAUGAAAUCAGCACUAUGGCCACAAACAGUACUUCUUCAAAACAUUCCAUUCCAAUGUCGAACAAAUACGAUCGCAUUAUACUGCUUGUAGACAUGGAUUGCUUUUAUUGCCAAGUAGAAGAAAAACUGGAUCCCAAUUUGAAGGGUAAACCCAUGGCUGUUGUGCAAUACAAUGCCUGGCGCGGAGGAGGUAUAAUUGCAGUAAAUUAUGCUGCUCGUGCUAAAGGGGUAACCCGCCAUAUGAGAGGUGAUGAAGCAAAAGCACAGUGCCCAGAAAUUCAGUUGGUGAAGGUGCCUAAUAUUCGAGAAAAAGCAGAUUUGGCCAAAUAUCGUGAGGCUGGCAAGGACGUAGCAAAUGUGUUGCAACGUUUUACUCCCCUGCUUGAAAGAGCAUCUGUGGAUGAAGCCUACCUAGACAUAACCGAUUUAGUUAAUAAACGUCAUGUGGCUAUGAAUGAUGGCAGUUUUGUUCUUCAACCACAGCAAUUAAUCAAUACAUAUGCUGUAGGAUUUCCUACUAUUGGAGAAUAUCUCACUACUAUAACGAAAAAAUAUAUCAAUCCAUUAUUGGACAACGACGACUCCUAUCGUCACUUUCAAGAAAAUGAUAUACCUGCCGUUCGCCAAAGUAAUGUACGUCUUUUAAUUGGAUCCUCUAUUGCUAAAGAAAUUCGAGAUGCUGUUUAUGCGGAAACUGGGUACGAAUGCUCCGCGGGUAUUGCCCACAAUAAAAUUUUAGCCAAGCUCGCUUGUGGAAUGAAUAAACCAAACAAACAAACAAUUCUUCCACUGGCUCAAAUUCAUGAUUUGUUUUCAAGUCUACCGCUAUCAAAGAUCAAAGGGCUUGGCGCAAAAUUCGGUGAAGAAGUAUGUCAACGCCUAGGCAUUCGAUAUUUGGGACAGAUGUUGAAAUUCACAGAAAAAGAAUUGCAACACAAAUUCGACGAAAAAAAUGGGACAUGGCUUUAUAAUAUUUGCCGGGGCAUAGACUUGGAAGCAGUAACGCCCCGUUUCUAUUCAAAAAGCAUUGGAUGUUGCAAAAAAUUUCCGGGGCGCAAUAGUAUAAAUGGAUUAAAAACCCUACAGCACUGGCUUUUGGAGUUGGCAAACGAAAUAUAUGAUCGUCUAGAAAAAGAUGUUGUUGAAAAUAACAGACGUGCAAAGCAAAUGGUUGUAAAUUUCGCACAGGACUUUAAUUCGGAGGAAAUAAUGAGCUCUAGAUCAGCACCAAUCAACUCCCAAGACAGCGAAGCCUUAGCAAGAUCUUGUUUAGAUUUAAUCAAAGCCAACACCAAGCAAUUCUUUCGCGCUGGCAGCGAAAGUGUUCUUAACAACCCUAUAAAGUUUUUGGGCAUUAGUGUUGGCAAGUUUGAAACGAUUUCUAAUUCCCAAAAUAACAUUCAAGAUAUGUUUGCGCAGCAAGCAGCAAAAAAGAAGAAAAGUCUAGAAGAAGAGCCUUUAACAUCCAAUGAGAUGAUGGAUAAGGAUGAAAAUGAAAAUGAAAAAACUAAGACUCAAAAGGCACCAGAAAAGCGGAACAUUACAGAUAUGUUUGCAAAACAAGCAGCAAAAAAGAAGAAAUAUCUAGAAGAAGAAGAACCUUCAACUUCCAACAAAAAUAUGGAAAGAGACGAGACAACUAAGGCUCAAAAUACGAUUCCUCCACAAGCAUCAGAAAAGCGGGAAGUUAUAGGUAAUAUUUCCUGUAAUAAAAAGGAAAAUAUAUUAGACAGUAAUACAGUUGUCGUCGGUGAAGUAAAAGAAUCUAAGACCACUCUUUUAAAAAGCAUGUUCGCCAAAGCUUUAAAGCGAAAAUUAAUCGAAAGUGAGCAUGACGAUGAAAAACAACAAAAAACAAAAUAUGAAGAAACAUUUUCCUCGCAACUUUUAAAUGGAAACAAUGCAAAAAAAAUAACAACCUCAACUUCGUCAAUUGCUGCUGAGAGUCAAAACCAGAAGCAAUCAAUUACUGCCAAUGAAAAUUUAGAUAGCAAGGACUGCCACGAACUACCCAUAAAUAAAAAUGAUAAUACAGUUGCCAAACAAAAAAAGGCUGAAAAAUUAGGUGGUUUUCUUAACGAUGAGCACGUACCGCGGUUGCCAGACAAAGUAGUCGACUUGACGAGGAACUCAUCACCAUCGAAAACUGUGAAUGAGAAAUUGGCAACCAGCGAUAAAAGGCUAAUGGUAAUGAAUAUUGGAACUGGUAGCCAACAAAAUACUACUGAUGACGUGACACAAGAAACCAGCAUAAAAGUAUUAAAUAAAGAACUAUUACCUACAGCUACGACGUUUGCCAUUGAAGACCAGCCCACAUCUCAAUCUUCAAAUGAUGAACUAAGUGCGUUAAUAAAUGACUUGGAAACUAUACAAAAUGUUAGUGAUGACACACCAUCAACAAGCCUCAAUAGUAAACGAAAAUUUUGUGAAAUAUCCAAUGAGAGCAGCACUUUUGACUAUCGAUCCGAAUAUGCUGAAUUUGCCUUGCCUGUAUUUGAUACAAAGUUUUUGCAAUACGCAAACUGCUCCUCAUGCGGAGCAAAAAUUCUUAAUGACCCUAUUUCCAUACAAACCCAUCAAGAUCUGCAUUUUGCCCAAGAACUUAGUCAGCAGCAACGUGUUGAAUUUAGAGAACAAAAACAAGCUAAAGUUUGUGCAGCUAAAUCGCCACCGCCGGCGGCAGGAAAAACAAAAUCCAAAAAGAUGACAACAACUCAAAACAACUCUCAGAAAAAUAACUCACUUAAAGAAGACAUAACCAAGUUUUUACAGCCACCUAUAUCUUCAAAUGAAACACCACCACUUUGUUCUGUCAUCUGUGAUAUAUGCAAAGUUCCUAUUAAACCUUGUGAUAUUAUGGAGCAUAAAGAUUUCCACCUUGCCAAAGAAUUGCAGAGGAAAUUAAAUCAGCUUGACGUCCGCACUGUGGAUAUUACAAAAUCCAUUUCAGAAAGCACUCGCAAAAAUUUGAAUUCUUCCACGGUAAUUAAGCCAAGUAAAUCCAAAGCGAUUACAAAGCCCAUAACACAAUUUUUUACCCAACCUAAUACAUAAUUGGGAAACGAUGAUUUAAUAAAUAAUCUUUGUUGUUUUUUAGUUUUUAAGAAUUUCAGCACAGAAAUCAUUCGUUUUCAUUAAUCAAAUUUAUCAAAUACAGUUUCACUUUAUCCUG